AUGCAAAACCAAGGCUAUAACCCUGCCAAUUAUGGGUAAGAUUUUCACAAUAUGCAAGAUCCCAACAGUGGAUCGGCCUAAAAUCAGAUGUUUGGACUUUUCGGAGGAAUGCCUGGAGGUUAGCCAGGCUAGUACAAUAACUUAAUGGGAGGUAAUCCGAUGGGUUAUAAUUAACCAAAUAUGGUACAUGAUCCUAAUCAAUAACAAAACGGAUAACAAAAUUAAGGUAAUGGAAACUCAUCUCACGCAGAUGUGCUAAGUUAUUUGUAAAAACUCUAAUAAAUUGUGGCUACCUCUACUUCAUAGUCCUCUUCAACUAAUGGAAACAUGGCUAUUGGAUAAUAAAAUUAAAGAGUGAAUGAAUAGUAGUAGAAUAAAGGUUUGACUUAGUAAUAGAAUAGUGUUGAUUAGAUUGUUGGUAUGAAUAGUAAUAAUAGUAGUGCUACUAAUAAUUAGAAUGUUUAAAGUUUGAAUUAGCUUUAAUCUGCAAAUACAAGUACCGCAACUCUAAAUCCAAAUACUGCAGUUGCUCAAGCUAAUGCUAAUCCUCUUUUAAAUCCGGCACUUUUAGCCGCCUAAAAUUAGUUAAUGAUGAACAACAUGCCUUUUGCCAAUCCAAUGAUGAAUCCAGGUUAGGGAGUUUUGUUCCCUGGCAUGAUGGGAGGACCUAUGGAUAUGGGUAUGGCUGGAGGUGCUUUUAAUCCUUAUAUGAUGCCUUACCCUCCUUCAAGCAUGUUUCCUGGAAGUGGCUCCGCUGCCGCAUUUUAAGUUUAAGGGCCUAAGAAUGAAAUAAAAUUGUUUGUUGGUGGAUUAUAAUUCUAAACUAUGGAGCAAGAUCUAUUUGCCUAUUUUUCUCAGUUUGGUUAGGUUGGUGAUGCUAUUGUUAUGAGAGAUAAAAACACUGGCCGAGGCAGAGGGUUCGGCUUUAUUAGGCUCAUCUUUAAAGAAGAUGAUGAAGCUGCAAAGAUGAAGGACUUAAUUUUGAAUUAGAACAAAGAUCAUCAUAGAGGUCAUUACAUUUUGGAUAAAAAGGUUGAUGUAAAGUCAGCUGAUGAUUAUCAAGGAAAAUAAAAUCCUCUUUAAUAAUAAUUGAAUGCCGUCCCUGGAAAUCCUCUGAUUUAAAAGCCAAAUCCUUAUGUGAUUGCUGAGACAAAGACAAAUGCCUAAGACCCUGGACAUGUGGAUGUAACUUUUAAAUACCCUAAGACUAAAAUUUUUGUGGGAGGCUUGGACUUUAAACUGACAGUUGAAGAACUUAAAUAGCAUUUCUCCUAAUAUGGAGAAGUAGUUGAUGCUAUUAUUCUGAAAGAUAUUUAUACUGGAUAAUCUAGAGGAUUCGGUUUUGUAAGCUUUAAGGAUGAAGAUGUUGCUUAAAAUCUGAUAAGAAAUAUUUUGGUUACUACCAUUAAUGGUAGAAAAGCUGAUAUAAAAACUGCUGAACCCAAGUUGAAUCCUUUUAUUCCUCAGAAAGGACAUCCCGGCCAAAUGUAACAAUAUAAUUCCUAAAAUUUUGAUAGUCAGCCAGCUAUGAUUCCUCCUUAUGGAUCAAGAGGUGGCUAUGAUGAUCAAUCUAGAAGUAAUUCAAGGGAUCGUGGUAGAAGUGAUAAGCACCAUCAUCACAAAGGCGACUAAAGAGGAGGCUAUAAACCAAGACAUAGAGGAUCAUCUCAUUCUUCUGGAGAUAGAAGAUCCAGAUCGAGGAGUGGUGAGCAGAGAAGAAGAAACGGAAGAGGAGGCAUGAGUAGAGAUAAAGACAGUAGAGAUAAUAGAAAAGAUCACAGAGAUAGAGGAGAUAGAAAUGAUAGAGGUAAAAGAGGUGAUUAUCCUCGUAGCUCUGGCUCACCAAGACAUAUCAGAAACAGAGGAGAUUCAAGUCCAAGAGGAGGUGGGCAUAAGCAUCACGGCGAUCAAAGAGAUAAAAGAAGAUGA